GUGGUGAAACAGAGACUCGUCGCUUCUUUGCAUUUCUUUGCCUUCUUUCAAGCUAGGACUUGCACCACAGAAUUUUCUUUUGUCCACAUCGAAAAUCCCUCUUCAAGAUUGACCAUUCUUUUGUUUACUGGUUCACAAGAGCUCGUCAUUCUACGGCCAUGGAUGCACUGAAGGCUUGUAAUGUCAUCCCAGUUUCCAAUUUCCAAACAUUGACGAACCCGUCAUCGUUAAUGUCGACGUGGAUAUCGACGAAACCCAGAAGGGUCACACUGUAUUCCUCCUCCAAUUCUUGCACCAAAAGCAGAGCUCGUUUCUUCACUCGUUGCUCGAGAAAACCAGAUACUGAGACGAAUAGCGAGACUGGCAAUGAAUCCGUCACUAAUAUCGAUUCUGUUUCGGGAUGCGAAAAGACGUCGGAACCGGAAUCUGACUCAAGCGGAGCGGUUUCUUGUCCUCCUUCCGAAUUAUCAUCUUCUUCAUCUAGAGGAUUGGUGUUUGAUUUGGGUCCUUCAAAUUCGUGGGACAGUGCAGAUAUUGGAUGGCCGGUUGUGAAGAGAUUUCUUAGCGAUGAAGAAGAGAGGUGGCACAUGUGGUAUUAUGGUAAGUCCAAUGAGAACCCAUCUUCUGACUCGAUUGGAUUAGCGAUUUCAAGCAAUGGGGUUCAUUGGGAGAGAGGAGGAGGACCUGCUCAAUCGAGUUCAGAAGUGGGUGUUGUGUUGAAUUGUGGUAAGGAUUGGUGGGCAUUUGACACAGAAGGCAUCAGGCCUUCUGAGGUAUUGGUAAUGUCAAGUUCAAGGGUUAGAACAUCUAGUGCUGUUUACUGGCUUUACUACACUGGAUAUAGCUCUGAGAAGAUAGAUUUUUUUGACAAUUCUUCGGAAUUCAUUUUGGAAAACCCAGAUGGGUAUUUCAGUAAUGGUGUAAAAAUUCAACAAAAUAGAACAAGUGGUGGAAUCUUGAAGUCGUUUCCAGGUUUGUGUAUAAGCCAAGAUGGGAGGCAUUGGGCUAGAGUUGAAGGGGUUCAUCACAGUGGAGCCUUAUUUGAUGUUGGGUCUGAGGGAGAAUGGGAUUCUUUGUUCAUUUCAUCACCACAAGUGGUUUUACAUGAAAAUGGAGACCUUAGGAUGUACUACCAUUCAUUUGAUGUGGAUAAAGGGCACUAUGCUAUUGGGAUUGCCAGGUCAAGGGAUGGAAUCAGGUGGGUAAAGCUGGGGAAGAUAAUAGGAGGAGGAAAAGCCGGUUCCUUUGAUGAAUUCGGAGUAAUGAAUGCAUGUGUAGCCAGAAACAGGAGGGAUGGGAACUAUGUGAUGGCAUUUGAGGGUGUUGCUGCUGAUGGAAGGAGGAGUAUUGGUAUGGCUGUGUCUCCUGAUGGACUGAAGCAAUGGGUGAGGCUUCAAGAUGAUGCAGUUCUAAAGCCGUCGGAGAAAGGUUGUUGGGAUGAUGAUGGAGUAGGAUCUCCAUACCUGGUUUCAAUGGAUUCUGAUGCAGGUGAUUGGAGGUUGUAUUACACUGGUGUUGGAGAUGGAAGAAGAGGAGGAAUAGGAAUGGCAGUUUCUGAAGGGAAGGAGAUUACAAGUUUUACAAGAUGGUCAGGCUUUCAUGUAUAAGCUUUACUGUAUUCUUGGCUUAAUCUUCAUGAUUGGCUAUCUACAUUCUUCAUGGAUUCAUUAGCUGAAUCUGGACACACCACAGUAAAUCUCUAGGGAAAAAUGCACUUGGACAAACUAUUUCUUAGGAAGUCAGUAAUACUGAGUUGUGGAAACUGUGUAUUUUUUUUUUUUUUUUUUGUAUCGAUAGCAGGCACAGAAAUUGUAUCUCUUCCAUUCAAAUCUGACUUAAGAAUGAUA